UCCUUUCUGGACUCGAGAGUCGAGAUUUUGAAAGAACAGUUUUCUCUCCUCUUCCGGUGUCAUCCCCGUCUUGUAGAGUUUAGAAGAGUAAAACGAUAAAAGGAAGCAAGAGGGGGUUCACAUCAAUGUCUCCGUAAAUUGGUGACCAGAGGAAAAUCACGAGUUUUGAUGGAGAACAGGAGUUGUUGAAAACCUUAGUUGCACUACAACAGGUUGAAUUGCAGUUCGAGUAACUUGGAUUGAGUUGGAUGCCAAAGAUAAUUGUUUAGGGUUCUUAUUGGUUCUUGGCUAAUAGAUGAAUUAUCUCGUGGUGUUGUUUAGGGUUGUUUGAGUAAACUUAGCGCAAGAAUAUCUUAUUUGAACUAAAUAAUAUUUGGGCCUUUGGGGUUCACAGUUGGUACUAAAGAAACAAGAAUUUUGGGAGUAUGAAUUAGUUAUGAGAAAAUUUCAAUACCGUCGAAGAUCAUGACAUCGGGAUGGAGUUGGUGCACAAUAUUGUCAAUAUCAUAGAUUCUGCCUUGUUAUUAACACCUUGCUGAAGAUAGCAAGUGUUCAAGGAUUUCCUUCAGGUCAAGGGACACCUAGGCGGGUGCCUAGGCGACAAGAUUUGCAUAUAGCUGACUUCAUAUUAGUUGGGAUAGAGCUUGGAUGAUGAUGAUGAUGGUGUGCAUAUAAUAUCAAAUGGCCCUUAGUUAAUUCUGUUCUAGCCUUUGGGUAUUAAGUAAAUCAUUCUUUAGCUCCAAUGGCGCUUCAAGCAAGUCUUGCUAAGUUCAAGCAGCAGCAAGAGAAGUGCCAAUCUACACUCACCAAUGUAGCUCGAGCAGGAACACCAAAGCCCACCCAGAAAGUCACAAUUGCAAGCACUCCUUCAGCUUCUGCAAGAGCUCCUGUUGCUCCAGUGAGAUUCUCUAAUGACACAGAAAGGCUUCAGCAUAUCUACAGCAUAAGGAAGUCUCCUGUUGGUGCUCAGAUCAAGCGUGUUAUAGACCUACUUCUAGAGACACGACAGGCACUCACCCCAGAGCAGAUAAAUGAAGCAUGUUUUGUUGAUGUGAACGCUAAUAAAGCUGUCUUUGACAGCUUGACAAAUAACCCUAAAGUCAAUUAUGAUGGAAGGUGUUUCUCUUACAAGUCAAAGCAUGAUGUGAAGGACAAGAACCAAUUGCUUGUCUUAAUACGGAAGUUACCAGAGGGCAUUGCUGUAAUCGAUCUGAAGGAUGCAUACCCAACUGUAAUGGAGGAUUUACAGGCUUUGAAGGCUGCAGGCCAGAUUUGGCUGCUGUCGAAUUUUGAUUCACAAGAAGACAUAGCCUACCCAAAUGAUCCUAGGGUUCCGAUCAAGGUGGAUGAUGACCUAAAGCAGCUAUUCAGGGAAAUGAAGCUGCCAGUAGAUAUGGUUGACAUAGAAAAGGACCUCCAAAAGAAUGGGAUGAAGCCUGCAACCAACACUGCCAAGAGGCGGGCUAUGGCCCAAGUGCAUGGCAUUGCACCCAAGUCAAAGCCCAAGAAGAAGCAUCGCGAGAUUAGCAAGAGGACCAAACUAACAAACGCCCACCUUCCCGAGCUCUUCAAGAACUUGAAUGUCCCUGAUGCUUGAAGUAUAUUUAGUUAAAUUAACGGGGCUUUUCAUUUGUUCUACAAGGGAAAAGAAUACGCAUACUUGUGAAAAUGAUCCAGUUCCAUGGUCUAACACAACGCUGUAGCAUGUUGGUCUCCUUUGGAGGGAACUACGUACGCAUACUUAAGCGUUAAGGGAGUGCAGGGGUAAAAUAGUUUAGGUUGUAGACUUGUAUCACUAGUAGAGAAGUUGGUUGCUUCCAAAGGAGCUUGCCAUUGAAUUAUGUACUUGCUGAUAGCAGGAUUCAUAUAGGGAUUUACUUUUGUUAAUUAUGAUAUCAUUCCAAGUUUUCAACCGAUUAGCUUUUAA